CAAAUCUUUCGCGUUUGUGCUGUCGCCACACACCCAAGAUGAGUGGAGGUGGUGAGGUGGAGGGGAAGCAAGUCGUGACGGCAACUCCCGAGCCAGCUGGUGGUUCGAGUCACAACGACGACGACAAUGAUGUGGAGGACAGCAGCGGCGGUGCGAUGGAUAUUGGUGGAAACAGCAGCUAUGACGGCAAUGCAAGGGCAGGCACACGGCUGGAGCAGCUGAUGCGGCAGUGCGAUGAGCUUGAUGCCGAGAUGGACUCACUUUCGCGCCAAAUUGCACUGGCUGCCGAUCCGGUCCAGACCAAGCACAGAAUACGAGAGCACCGGUUGGCGAUUCGUGCCAUUGAGCUCAGGAAGCAAUGGUUUUAUCAGAAGCAGCGGUUUAGCGAACUUCAAGCGCUCAAGGAAGAGCCGUACCGCUUCAAGAGCGACCCGGCCUUUUAUCCACAAUUGGAGCGGCUCAUGCAGCGCUUGUCCAGCUACCACACGUUUACAGAAGAAAACCUCAGGCGUGCACGAGACACGCUCCAGGCCCAACGCUUCAUUCCCGAAGUCCCAGCGAAAAAGAACCCACUCAAGCGGCGCUGCAAGUCCCUCAUGAAUAAGAAUACAGAGCUCGGACAACUGGCAUCACGAUCCAAGACGAAGGCGUUGAAAAAGCAAGUGAAGGAGUUAAGGGCUGCACUAACCCAGCGCCAGCGCGCGCACGCUCCCGUCAAGCAGCUACAGGCAACAAUGGCCAAACAGCUGUGGGACAUUGACUGCCAGCUCAUACAUUUCAAAACCACAUACCAACAACAACAACAACAACAACAACAACAACAACAACAACAACAACAACAACAACAACAACAACAACAACAACAACAGGGUGCAGCGACAACUCAGCAGAUGCCACUGCCUGCGCUUUCUCCCAUGUUUGCAGCAGCACUGAGUGCUCCUGAUGAUUUCGACAUUGUCCAUGCAAUGGACCCCCUCCUCCCUGAACACGUCGUGUCUCGGGCUGCACACCUGCUGGCUCCGCCACCAUGCACAUCAUCAUCUUCGUCAUCUCGAUGGUGGACUGCCGAUAAUUAGCAAAUGAUAUC